AGCAAACAUCGGCCUUGUCUACUAUGUAUACUUUCUUAGCAGACACACCCACUCCCAAGCAUUGAGAUAACAAGACAUACCAAGCAAGGAAGAUAGCAACUACAGCUAGCUAGCUAGCUCUAGUAUAGUACAGCUUGUUAUUACCACAUCCCACAGAUCUAGAUUGGUCAGUCAUGGAAGCUCCUCCUCGUCCAUUCCUCACAGUUCACCUGUUUGGUAGUGAGAGGUCAGGAAAGACGACCCUCAAGAAGCAAUGGUUUGAAUCGUCCCAUUCUAGAGUUCUUUCUGAGAUUGCUGAUGUUCAUGUGAGAAUACAGCAAGAGUGCUCUAAUAGUGUGCUGGCGUCCAUACGUAACUCCAAACCAGAUGUCUAUCGGCAUACCUCAUUUGUGGUCAUGUAUCGCCCUGACACCCAGGAGAGCAUUGUACUGGCUCAGUCUUGUGUGGACAUAAUUCACGAAGCCUACUCCACUGAGCCUCUACCCACCAUCUCUGUCAUUGAGAACCAUUUUGAAGACGCCUUCAAGCCACACUCCGAUAAACCAGCAGACUUUCCAUGGAGCCCUGAUCAGGUGAAUGGACUGGUGCAUGGUCGCCUCUCUCCCAAGCUGUGGAGAGUGAGAGUGACGGACGGUGUGCUCAUGGGUACUGUGUUUGACACUAUCAUUGUCACACCCAUUCUGAGCUCACUGGGCGAUAGAGAGAGGUCAAAGCUUAUUGAGCUGGCUUGUCAGGACGGACAUCUUAAAGUGGUCAAACUGCUCAUUAGCACGAUGAAGGAGAGCAACCUUGUAUCAUGGCUACUUCGCUCUAUGUUUAGUAUGGAGCUCAUCACAUCGAAACCAUCGUCAAAACUCAGUGCACUGGCAGAGGUGGCCAACUUCGCCUACACCCUCGACACAACUAUGGCCAUGUCCACUAUAGUCAGAAUGGCGGACAAGUACCCCAAUGCAUCUUUAUAUCUACUCAAACUAUUUUGUCACCAAAGCCCCAAAGAUGAACAUUUUGUCAUGUCCGGAGUUGCCUUGGUUUCGUUGCCUAAGGGAUGGAUCGAGAACAAACGCAUCACUCACAUCAAUUUAUCAAACAAUCUCCUUCUUUCACUUCCAGUUGAAUUGUUUCAAGAACCAACUCUUUGCAGUUUAAACAUUUCUCACAAUUGCUUGGAGAAGCUCCCGAGCAUUCUCAAAUGGAAUUGUCCAAAACUUAGAGAGAUUGACGUUUCAUACAAUCGACUAACAGACGAAUCGUUUUCGAUAUUCGAGGGAAAGAAAGAUCGGAAUUUUACGAUUGACAAGAAUCCUCCAAAGAAAGUUGAGCAGCACAGUCUGAUAACAGCUGCCCAGCGUACGCUGCGCCUGACCGGCUACAAUCUGUACCCCUGCACCUGCUCGCUGAGUAGAGUCAGCAUCAGUCACAACCCCACACUCAGUCAGAUCCCAGAGUGGGUGUGUGUCCUGCCCAACCUGACCCUCCUCGAGAUGAAGGCUCUCCCUCGAGUGACCACCCUUACUCCGUACCUAGCUCACUGUCGCUCCCUCUGUGUCCUACACCUCGACACAGAUCAGCUGGUCUCCCCUCCACACUCCGAGGCGCAGAGGGGAACGCAUGUCAUCAUGGCCUACCUACGCUGCCGGCUUCGAGGCUCCACCCCUUAUCGGCAUAUACGACUAGUUCUUGUGGGCGUACCAGAAUCGGGCAAGACAAGUCUAUUCAAGCAAUUCUUGAAGGGCAGUUCGAAAGGAGAAUUGACUGAUGCUAGAAUGAAAGAGACUACCUUUGACUAUCCACCAAAGACGAAGACUCGCAGAGAGCAACCUAAAGUUACCUUUCACGUCGUCGAUUUUGCUGGCGAUGAGAUUUAUCGAUCAGUGCACAAAUGCUUCAUGACGUUUCGAACUGUAUAUUUGUGUCUAUGGAAUGUCACAGAGGGCAAGGACUCAUUGAAACAGGUGUUUCCAUGGCUACGGACAAUCCAGGCGUGUGCCCCUGACUCCCCAGUGGUGCUGGUGGCCACUCACAUUGACCGACGUCCCGGGAUCAGCGCCAACACCAUCCUGAAGUGGGAGGAGGAGUUGUUUGGAGAGAUCUCUCGGCUGUCCCACACCUCCCACACCUCUCGACUUGGCCUCCCUCCCAUCAUGCAGUCUGUGGUUAUGGACUGUAGGAACAAGGAUGAUGUAGACCUCCUCAUGGGCGACGUGUACAACAUCUCCCUCAACAUGAAGCUAAGACAUGCAAGAGUCCCUAUGCUAGAGGAGAUGCUACCUCGCUCGUACCAAGAGCUACAGAGUCUGAUAGAGGUCAAAGUCCGCUCCCUACGUCGCGAGGGGGGUCAAACACCUGUGCUACGCCACGAAGAAUUUGUCAGUUACGUGCGUUCACUCACACUCCACAGUCCGAAUGAUAUCGAGCAGGACGACGAAGAAUUUUCACUUGCUUGCCAUUUUCUCCACGAGGCCGGUGUAAUUGUUCACUACAAGUCCUCAACUCCGGGUAUUAGUGAUCUAUACUGUCUCGACCCUCAGUGGCUGUUUGAUACGCUCGCCUCAGUCGUACAAGCCGUGACUCGAAGGAAUGGAGGCUCCAUACAGCCAACCAUCUCCAGUGAAGAGCUCCCAUCCAUCUUUAAACGUGCUAAAGUACCAGGUCAUCUAUACUCGAGUUUUCUCUCCAUGAUGGAAUCUUUGGACAUUAUUGUCAGCCUCGAUUUCGAGAAAAAAACGUAUCUCUUUCCGACCCUGUUACCAUCUACACCCUCCGAGGAGUACCCUGAGUAUAAUUUCAGUUGUCAUGACAAUCAAGUCUGCCAAUACAUACAGUUGGACUACAUUCCUCCCGCUUUGUUCCCGCAACUUUUGUCACGGAUUUUGCUCUACAUUCGGCAAUUGUCGGGUCAACUUUUGUCAGUUGCAGCGGGUCACUUUCAAGAAGAGAUUGAAUCAAUGGCCGGAUCUUUGUCACCACGUUUCGCUUCGAUGCAAUCUGGGUCGUCGAGCAUGCUCCGGCUUAGUCAUGCCUAUCACGUCGAUCACCAUGGUUACAUGACACAAGAUGACUCCGUUAGCAACGAGAGCACUCUGAGAUCGCAACUUUGGUCGCUAUCGGCAACCAACGUAGCCGGCACCCCUCGUCCAAACUCAAGACACCGAUCACUAACGGCAAAAUUAGUCAACCUUUCUCAACCCCUACUUCAAAAUCGAGCCAGGAGUCCGAGUGUUGCGGGCUCUAGCAGCUGUUUAAGUCAUUCAGACAACUUCUCCAACUACACGUUUUGGCAGAACGGGCUCUACACUGAGUUUCCUUGUGGUACAAGGUUUUGGUUGGAACUGUGUGAUAGUGCCAUCUCCAUAGUGAUCGAGGGCGACCUAGUACCGAGGGUGAAAACUUUGUCUUUCUUGAGCUCGUGUGUUGGAGCCCUUGUGGAGGAGAGCUAUGCUGGCCUCCAUUUUGUGUCCUAUAGCCCGUGCCCGUCGUGCUUGAAGGAUUUCUGGCCAAACUUCCAAACUGGGCCCCGAUUUGCCACUUCAGUACUCGAAGUAUCGCAGACACUCACGCUAAACGAGUUUUCCGAGAAAGCCGAGUACACGAGACGAGCUAGUGUCACGACUGGCCAGCCUCGAACGUUCGGAGGCUCUGAUUUCUCGCUAACUAACUCCCCGCCCCCUCAAGAUACCCCCCACAAUGAAGACCUCCCCUUUAUAGCGAUAUUGGACAACCGAGUGGCUCUGUUUCCACUGGAGACUACCGUACAGCAGUCGAUACUCGCGUCCACCGUUCUCUGUCCAAAGUGCCAGGAACGAAUAUCUCUACAAAUGCUCUCACCACAUGUGCUGCUCGUGGAUUUCAAGGACAAAUUUCUACUGAAUGCCAGAAAGUUGGAUUUUUCUGAGGCUGACUCUAGCAAGUUGGGAGGUGGAGGCUUUGGGAAAGUGUUCCAAGGCUCCUACAAAGGUGAGGACGUGGCUAUCAAAGUAUUCCGCAAACGCUACAACAACCAAGUGCUCUUACAUCGCUACAAAGACCUUCGUGAAGAGCUGACGAUCAUGAGCAAUCUCAACCACCCACGAGUGGUCUCACUAGUGGGAGUGUGUCUGAGGCCACUGUGUAUGGUCCUCAAGUUGGCCCCUCAGGGCUCCCUCAAGGACCACCUGACCUUGUGCCCUCAGGGAAUGGACAGUGGUGUGGCUCACAGACUACUCUUUCAGGUUGCUGAUGGAAUCCGCUACCUUCACUCAGUGUAUGUGGUUCACAGAGACAUCAAGCCUGGCAACGUUCUCAUCUGGAGUCUGGGACCAGAGAGAGUGGAUGCUAAACUAGCAGACUAUGGGGUCUCACAGUUCUACACUCCAGGUGGUCUCCGGAGACACAAGGGGACGGAGGAGUACAUGGCACCUGAGCUCUUCCGCAGUCACAACACAGGAAGCUACGAUGAAAAGGUGGACAUAUUCUCCUUUGCUCUGGUACUCCAUUGUGUCGUGACUGGACGCAAGUUAUUUGCCGGCCUGGCCAACAAGAGAGAGCAACUUCAUCGUCUUAGCAACCUCCACAUACCACAGAUCAGUGCUGCACUUGCCGAGGCCAUGACGGAAAACAGCCCUCCAACCUCCACGUCGAAAUUCAAGCACCUUCUAAAAGACGGCCACCACCCCGCAGCUCGUACUGACCUCAUCAACUCUUGUCACUCUGUCUGUAUGCAACAGCUGAUGGUCGACUGUCUCUCAAUCAACCCGCAGGAGAGGCCCUCUGCACAAGGUGUGUGUAGUCGCCUCCUAGUCUGCCCAGGGGGGAAGCCUCAGGCUAACUUCUACAUAAUGAGCCCGGUGCUACACGCUGGCUACAGUGCCCAGACAAACACCAUCGUGGCUGUACAAGAAGACUCGAGUAAGGUCAUGAUUUUGCCAACAGAGUCGUGGGAGAUUGAACGUAUGGCCACACCCUACACGGAGGAACUUAUUAGUUGUAUGACGGUAGUCGGGAAAGAGGUAUUUUUCGCUUCGUCGGUCAGUAAUCUCGUCUUUUCCCUCCAAUUACCCCAAUUGCAAGCAGGACACAUUUCACCAAAACCCCUACACGGACAGGCACUGUGUAUGUUCCCGCAAAAGAGCCCAAAGGGGGAGGGGUUUCGACUCAUUGUGGGCAUGAGUGGUGGGCGUGUUGCCGUGUUUAGAGACCCCCCACAGAUAGCGGAGAGGGUGGGACACAUCCUGGAGUCAGAGCCAUUCGUUACACAGGUCAUGACGAACCCUGACCCCUUAAAAACGGCCAUCUACUGCGGUACGCAUCACAAGAACAGUGUGUGGUGUGGGUGUGGUCGUUACCUCAUCGGACUAGACCACAAAGAGUAUUUAAUGAAGUUCUACAAACCAGUCACCCAAGACGAGAAUACAAGGAUUGCCGUAGUGACAGGUUGCCUCGACUACCUAUGGGUAGGGCUUCAGGAACGCAGUCAGAUUGUGAUCUGCGAUGCAUUCAAAGCUCAGUCCCAGGAGACCCUCGAUGUUCAUGCCAUCUUAGGUCGCUCUGGAGUGUCAGCCUCGAAGGCUUGUGUCACAGACAUAGUGCGUGGUCACAACGUAGUGUGGGUGAGCACUAAUGGUGGCCACCUGCUCUCAUUCGAUCCCCUCACUGCCGACGUUAUCCUCGUCCAUCGCCGGGAGCAACACAUCACACACGCCCUCUGUCUGUACGGGAAACAGGUGGUGACAUUUGCCAAGGGUACUAUAGGCCUGGCUACGGAGGAGGACGAUGAGAUAUCCGGCCUCUUCACUGUAUGGACAGACUAUAUAGACGCUGAUGUUAAUUGAUUGAGUUUCUUGAAUUAUUGUUUUUAUCACUCAUUUUCAUAUGGUUUUCUUUCGAGAUUAUUUUUCACUUGCAUUUAUUUAUUAUGUUGUAUAAUAUUAGAUAUGAUAAUUAUGUAUAUGUCGAACACACAUUUUUAUUUGAUCACAAAUUAAUACAUGUACAUGUAGCGGCUGCAUGAUGCAACAGCUUGAUUGCAAGACUAAAAA